AAAAGGAAAUUUACAAAGAGAACUUAAAAAGAUGUAAUAAGGCAGGAAAGUUACAAACACUGGGAAAUUUCCUCCGUUGUAAGUCAUUUUCCUUUCUGCGUCAGCUGACAGACUCUAUGAACGGAAGUAACCAGAAUUACACGCCACCAGAAUACCUGAGAACUGGGCUGGAUUAUGGUGGAUAUUCGGCUAGACCUAGUAGCAGGAAUGGAUUGUCCUCCUUGUUUCCUCCACCUGCAGGAGGUCCUCUGGAUCGCAGAGGAGGAGAUCCUGAUCCACGGUUGCUGUUUGGGGUAAGCAAUCCCGGUGGAUUUCUUGGCAUAUCCAGUUUUCCAGCCCCACCACAUUUGCAGAAUCAAACUCAAUACUUCAACAGUGACACAACAAGAAACACAAUACCAUGGCCACCUGCAGCUAUUGCUUUGCCAAAUUUUCAGCCGCAACCGAGUGUGCAAGGCCCCCAAGACGGGUCCAAAUUAUCCCAAGAAGAGCAAAAGAGAGUCUUGAACAGGCUGAAGAAAGAAGCAUAUAAUCCCAUGACAAAAUUGUCGAGAAGGAAACCAAAUCUGUACUACCGAGAUAGCCCACUUACUAUAUCCAAAGAACUAGAAAAAGAGAAGCAUGAAGAAGGUAAGAGGUGUCCCAUUUGCUUAGAAGAUUUUGAGCCUAAAGAGAUGGUUACGAUUACUCCUUGCAACCACAUGUUUCAUGAGGAAUGUAUUGUUCCUUGGGUGAAGAACGAAGGUCGAUGCCCUGUUUGUAGGUUCGCAAUCAGUGAAAGAUUCGGAGAAACUGCAGCUGGCUCUAGCAAUGUGACUGCAAAUGACCAUUCUGCGAGCGAUCUGGUUGCAAUCAUAAGAGCCAUGGAAGAAGCUUUUGUACCUGGAAACAUGAGGCGGUUUGUGGAGUUCCAUCCUUAACCAUAUGACCUAACAAGGACAAAUUUCCAGUUUGAGCAGACUGUUAGGGAAGUUGUUUUUCUGGAGCUGCCUUCUGUGAUUCAGAAAGACAAUACAUUGAAGAAAUUACAAUAUUUGUGUACAGAAUAUAGAUAGUCGUUUGGUAACAAAUGUGAAGAACCGAAGCAAAAUAAGACUCAGUGGAUGCAAAUGGGAUAAUUCCUCUACCACAAGAAGUUUGCGAAUGAGGAAUGGAUUCCAUCAAAGAAAAACUCGGGCAGCAAAGAGUGGUAGUUGCACGGUACUUUAUUGUGAUUCGCACUAUGUUACUUUCAUGCACAGAUGUUAAUGUCUGAUCCAAAUAAAGGUCACAAGCUAUUACAUAUUA